UCCCUUUUGUAAAACAUUUGCUUUUGGAGAAUAAAAUAAGUUAUUUCCUCCGCAGACCGCGCGUGCAAACACUUACUGUGCUUCACAUAUGGUGAAUCAGCUCUUGUGAGCGUGUUUGUGCAUGACCUCGCUUUUCUUUUCCCCACUUUUUUCCCGCUUGUGCCCGCCCGCCUCUGCCUCUGCCUCCGCCUCCGGCUGCUCGUAGACUGUCACAAAGCUCCGUCCGCGCGCCGCCGCCUGACAGAGAAGAUGGGGUCCGCGCGACGCAGCUGUCCGGCGCUGCUCGCCGUCUUUCUGCUCCUACUUCAUCACUCCGCAGGUUUCUGGAUCGUCAACGUUAUCUUCCCACCCAAGGCCAACCCCAAACUAACAAGCAACAGCACUUCACCGCUCAUCAUCGUUCCUGGGAAUUUAGGGAAUCGUCUGGAAGCCAAAAUAGACAAGCCGAGCUUGGUCCACUGGAUGUGCUACAAGAAAACCGAACACUGGUUCCCACUGUGGAUCGACCUCAACAUGUUCAUGCCCGUAGGCGUGGACUGCUGGAUUGAUAACAUUAGACUUGUUUACAACAGGACGACUCGGCGGUCAUCCAACUCACCAGGAGUGCAGGUGCGGGUACCAGGAUUUGGGCAGACUUAUCCCAUAGAGUUUCUUGACUAUAACAAACUAGCUGGUUAUUUUUUCACCAUGGUGCAACAUUUGGUUAACAUAGGCUACGUCCGGAAUGAGACGGUCCGUGGAGCUCCCUAUGAUUGGAGAUUAGCUCCAAAUGAGAACACGGAGUACUUCACAAAGCUGCAGGAGCUGGUUGAGGAGAUGUAUGACCAGUAUCAGAAACCUGUUUACCUGCUGGGACACAGCAUGGGCUGCCACUAUGUCCUCUACUUUCUCAAUCACCAGGCUCAGGCCUGGAAGGACAAGUACAUCAAGGGCUUCAUUUCCUUAGGAGCACCAUGGGGGGGUGCUGUUAAAGCACUCAGAGUUCUGGCUUCAGGUGAAAAUGAUGGCAUCCCCAUGAUUUCUAACAUCAAGAUCCGGGAGGAGCAGAGAAUGGUAACAACUAAUCCCUGGAUGAUACCAUUUGAGAAUGUUUGGCCAAAGGACCACGUCUUCAUCUCCACGCCAACAUUCAACUACACCAAACGGGACUACCAGCGCUUCUUCACAGACAUCACCUUCGAGGAUGGCUGGCACAUGUGGGAGGACACCAAGAACUUGACUGGUGCUCUCCACCCACCUGGCGUGGAAGUGUGGUGCAUGUACGGCGUGGGGCUUCCAACACCUGUAACGCACAUUUACGAUGAAGAGUUUCCUAACGGGGAUCCGGUGGACUUUGUUUAUGCGGACGGGGACGACACAGUGGACAGCUUUAGUAUGAGUCUGUGCAAACGUUGGGUGGGGCAGCAGGAAAAGCCCGUCCACGUGACGGAGUAUCGAGGCCUGGCCCACCUGGAUAUAGUGUUCAACGAAAAGGUGCUCAAUCAAAUCCAGCAGAUCCUGGAGGGCAACACAGACACGCCCAACGAGGUCGACGUACGGUUUGAUGCUAAAUAGCAGCAGUGAAAAGAUGGUGAAGAAUUCCUACGCCGUUUACAUUUACUGUAAAUGUGUUCAGAUAAAAAUACGAGGGUGCCUCUUUUUGUUUGCACCAGUAGGUGCUAAAGCUCCAGACGACUGUGGACUUGAGUGCCUAACACUGACACCUUUGUCUAAAACUUAAGAAUGAUGACUUAGUGUGGGUUUAACCCUGUUUUUAUCUCUGAAGACUGUAGAUGUUGCUGUAUCUGCUUUACAUUUGGUGAAUCGGCACAUAGUAAUCAUGGUAAAAGAUGCUACAGUUAGUUCGGGGGGGUUAUGUUAUCCAAUCUUGUUGGUUUAUGUAUCAAACAGAUGCUUUAUAAAAAUCUGUUAUUUUAAAGUAUAUACACACAGCCCAUAAGUAUAGGCUUCUUUUUUAAAAAUGUAUGUUAUGUUUACGGUUUAUAUAUUUGUGUAAUUCAGAAACCUGAUGCUGACUUUCAUUUUAGUUAAGUUAAAGAGAAAGAGAAGGGAAACUUAUCCUGCAGCAGCGGUUUUAUUUGGGCUCAUUUUUUUUGUUUCACUGCUCUUUGAUUAAUGUAACGCAAGCGUCGCACCUGUGGGGGCUGUUUUGACACCCACACUUUUCAUGAGGAGAGAGUCCAACACCCACACCAUUCUUGCUGUAUGUAACAUAUAUAUAUAUAUAUAUAUAUAUAUAUAUAUAUAUAUAUAUAAUUUUGUGCAAAUGUUUUACAGUCACUCUGCGUCACUGCGCUCCUCCCUCCUUUUGCUCCUUAAAUUGUGGCGUGCCUGUCAGUGAUCAGCUGAUCAGCCAGGUCAUCUCUCUUGUUUGUUUAUCGUUCAUCUCGAGCUGGGAAGGAGGAAACUAGCAGGAUGCUGAUGCAAAACAGAAACCCGUUUCAAUUAGAGAGCCCUUUGUUUGCAUUUGUUUUAUAUUAUUUUCAUUAUUAGCUGAGGUGACAUGGUCAUAAUACAGACAGAUGGAUCAGGUUCAGAUAUAUAGCCAGUGUCAAGAUUAAACAACGGGUGUCUUCUCUAAAUCAUUGGUGCUGUGCAGAUGUUUGAUAGGCAGGUUUACCUUUUAAGAGCCAUGAAUGUGGUGAGGGGGAUUUAUGAACAGGUUCUGAAAUACCAAUCAGAGCAGGACCCUCAGGGGCAUUAACCAGGAAAACGGGGCACAAAUUAAAUUUCUUUUAAGGCCUAGAUUUUGGUAAAUAAUUAGCUGCUUAUUAAAAUGUAAGUGGUCAUCAAAUGUUAAAUUUGGGAAAACAACCAGUCGACAUUUUUCAGUGUUCCUGUAGAACAACAUAUUACAUGUUGCAUUUACUGACACCUGGGAUUUCUGAAGCUAAAUGUUAGUUUACACCUGAAAACCAUGUCUUUAUAUACAGAUACACAGCCCUCUGAUGGUGAAAUUGGUAUUUUGUUAAUUUAUUACCCCCAACCCAUGGAAUACUGGUAGACCAGUAGAAAUGAUAUUGUACUACCUCUGUUGCAUUAUGGCUAAAUCCCAGGCUUUACUGUUACUUCUUUUUUUUGUGUUUGUGUUUUGAGGCCAAGAUCAAAAACUAUUGUUCAUAUGGCUGAAUUUUUACUGAUGUUCAGAUGGUUUUUUUUUUUUUUUCUUUUUCUUUUAAAUAAAGGUGGGUUCUGGUA